CCGGCGCCGACGUGUAAUCGGUCGCAAGAUUAUGGUGAGACAGUAGGGACGAAAGUGAGGCGAGGUGGCAACUGGCAGAAGCGGGUUCAACAACAAGUAGUGACUCUUUAGCUGUGCCAUUUUACACCGGGACGUGAUUAUUGCACUUCAAGGAGGUGCUACUUUAAUUGACAAGGUCCUGUGCUAUCCAGCGCCACCAUGUCAGCGAAAGCCAUCUCGGAGCAGACGGGAAAAGAGUUCUUGUAUAAGUAUAUCUGCACCUCGGCGGCCGUGCAGAACCGCUUCCGCUAUGCCAACGCCACGGCUGAGACCGACUGGGUCCGCCUGGCACAGGAUCAUCCAUGGCUGCUGACUGAGCGGCUGGUGGUGAAGCCAGAUCAACUAAUCAAACGGCGGGGAAAGCUCGGGCUGGUGGGCAUCAACCUGGACCUGCAGGGUGUCCAAGAGUGGCUUAAAACCCGUAUGAUGAAGGAGACCACUGUCGGAAAAGCAAAGGGUGUGCUGAAGAACUUCCUCAUUGAGCCGUUUGUUCCACACCCACAGGAGGAGGAGUUUUAUGUGUGUAUUUAUGCCACACGUGAGGGCGACCAAGUGCUUUUCCACCACGAGGGAGGAGUGGAGGUGGGCGAUGUGGACGCCAAGGCUGAGAGGCUGAUGGUGGCAGUGAACGAAAAGCUGAGUGAGGACCAGGUCACUGAGCAGCUUCUCACACACGUUCCUGAAGACAAGAAACAAGUCUUAGCCAGCUUCAUAGUUGGCCUCUUCAACUUGUACGAGGACCUCUACUUCACCUACCUUGAGAUCAACCCUAUAGUCGUCACCAAAGAUGGAGUGUACGUCUUGGACAUGGCAGCCAAGAUUGAUGCCACAGCAGAUUACAUCUGCAAGGCUAAAUGGGGGGAUGUGGAGUUCCCACCUCCCUUUGGCAGGGAAGCAUAUCCAGAGGAGGCAUACAUAGCUGACCUGGAUGCAAAGAGUGGAGCCAGUCUGAAGCUGACGCUGCUGAACCCUCAGGGCAGGAUCUGGACCAUGGUGGCCGGGGGAGGGGCUUCAGUAGUCUACAGUGACACCAUUUGUGACCUGGGAGGGGUGGACGAACUGGCCAACUACGGAGAGUACUCUGGCGCACCCAGUGAGCAGCAGACCUACGACUACGCUAAAACAAUCCUCUCUCUCAUGACACGGGAGAAACAUCCUCAAGGGAAAGUGCUGAUCAUCGGAGGAAGUAUUGCCAACUUCACCAACGUAGCAGCAACAUUCAAGGGCAUUGUCAGGGCAAUCAAAGACUACCAAGGUCCUCUGAAGGAGCACGAGGUGACCAUCUUUGUUCGACGUGGCGGACCCAACUACCAGGAGGGGCUGAGGGUGAUGGGAGAAGUAGGGAAGACCACAGGUAUUCCUAUCCAUGUGUUCGGUACUGAGACCCAUAUGACGGCCAUUGUUGGAAUGGCUCUGGGCCACAAGCCGAUCCCUAACCAGCCGCCGAUGGACGCUCAUACGGCUAACUUCCUCCUCAACGCCAGCAACAGUGCAGCGACUCCAGCAACAACAAGGACAGCUUCAUUCUCCGAAGCCAGGACGUCUAACGAUGUCACCCCGGCUAAAAAAUCUAAAGCAGGUCUUCCAGCAGACUCUCUUCAUUCUAUACUGUGGCCUCUGAAGAAUGUGGUCAUAGGCGAUUGGAAAGAAGCGAUAGCCUCUUCUGGCUGCAGCAGAGCUAGAGCCACCACGCUCUUCAGAAAACAAACCAAGGCCAUAGUGUGGGGUAUGCAGACGCGUGCAGUGCAAGGCAUGCUGGACUUUGACUACGUGUGCUCCCGGGACGAACCCUCUGUGGCAGCCAUGGUGUACCCCUUCACUGGGGAUCACAAGCAGAAGUUUUACUGGGGUCACAAGGAGAUCCUGACCCCCGUCUAUAAGAGCAUGGACGACGCCAUGAAGAAGCACCCCGAGGUGGACGUCCUGAUCAGCUUCGCUUCACUGCGCUCAGCAUUCGACAGCACAAUGGAGGCCAUGCAGCACCCACAGAUUCACACAAUCGCCAUCAUCGCUGAGGGCAUUCCUGAAGCUCAGACAAGGAAGAUAAUCAAGAUGGCAGACGAGAAAGGUGUCACUAUCAUCGGCCCUGCUACGGUUGGUGGCAUCAAGCCGGGUUGUUUUAAGAUCGGCAACACAGGUGGCAUGCUGGACAACAUCCUGGCUUCCAAACUGUAUCGACCUGGCAGCGUUGCUUAUGUGUCGCGCUCCGGGGGCAUGUCCAACGAGCUGAAUAACAUAGUCUCCCGCACCACAGACGGCGUCUAUGAAGGUGUCGCCAUCGGGGGGGACAGAUAUCCAGGCUCCACCUUCAUGGACCACGUCCUUCGUUACCAGGACACUCCAGGGGUUAAGAUGAUAAUUAUGCUGGGAGAGAUUGGAGGCUCAGAAGAGUACAAGAUCUGCCAAGGCAUCAGAGAAGGGAGGAUAACCAAGCCUGUGGUGUGCUGGUGUAUUGGAACCUGCGCCACCAUGUUCACUUCAGAGGUUCAGUUUGGCCAUGCAGGAGCCUGCGCCAACCAGGCUUCAGAGACAGCAGUAGCCAAGAACCAGGCCCUGAGGGACGCCGGCGCUUAUGUACCAAAGAGCUUUGAUGAGCUGGGCGAUGUCGUCAAGACUGUUUAUGACGAACUGGUGGCCAAUGGUACCAUCAUUCCUGCUCAGGAGGUUCCCCCCCCUACAGUGCCUAUGGAUUACUCUUGGGCCAGGGAAUUGGGUCUGAUUCGCAAACCAGCCUCCUUCAUGACCAGCAUCUGUGACGAGCGAGGCCAGGAGCUCAUCUACGCCGGCAUGCCCAUCACAGAGGUCUUUAAAGAGGAGAUGGGUCUAGGAGGAGUGCUGGGCUUGCUUUGGUUUCAACGAAGGUUGCCGCGCUAUGCCUGCAAGUUCAUUGAGAUGUGCCUGAUGGUGACAGCUGAUCACGGACCUGCUGUCUCUGGAGCACACAACACCAUUGUCUGUGCUCGUGCUGGCAAGGACCUUAUCUCAAGCCUCACCUCCGGCCUGCUCACCAUUGGGGACCGUUUCGGAGGCGCUCUGGAUGCAGCUGCAAAGCAGUUCAGCAAGGCAUUCGACAGCGGCAUGGUGCCGAUGGAGUUUGUCAACAAGAUGAAGAAGGACGGCAAGCUGAUCAUGGGCAUCGGCCACAGAGUCAAAUCGAUCAACAACCCAGACAUGCGUGUGCAGAUUCUGAAGGACUAUGUCAAACAGAAUUUCCCCUCCACCGUAAUGCUUGACUACGCCCUAGACGUAGAGAAGAUCACCACCUCUAAGAAACCCAACCUGAUACUCAACGUAGACGGUUUUAUUGGUGUCGCCUUUGUGGACCUGCUCAGGACAUGUGGUGGCUUCACACGAGACGAGGCUGACGAGUUUGUGGAGAUCGGUGCACUAAAUGGGAUCUUUGUCCUUGGCCGUAGUAUGGGAUUUAUUGGGCAUUACCUGGACCAGAAGAGGCUGAAACAGGGUUUGUACCGCCACCCGUGGGAUGACAUCUCAUAUGUGCUUCCUGAACAUAUGUCCAUGUAAUCUCUGCAUCCCAGAAGAGGACGCGCUUCCAGUUGGGACUGCCCAAAUGGGUCAGGCAGCAUUUCACAUCACACUUAAGGUUUAUGUACUCUCUCCGGUUGUGAUAAACUGAAGCCUUGGGGAAACUGGGCAGAGUCAUUCUAGAAAAAAAGUACUGUCUGGCUGAGGGAUAUGGGAAAAGGUUUUCAAUCUAGUUUUUACGGAAAAAAGGGGAAUUAUAUUUUUAGAUUUAGUUUUUGACAAAUUAUUUAAAGUAUGCGAUGUAACUUAUUCAAUUUUGACCACAAACCCAAACCACAGCUGUUGCAGAAGCACCAAAUCAAUUGGAACUUUCAUUAAAGGCAAAAACUGCGGGAUUCAAAGCACAUUUCAAACCACAUUUCAAACCUGACUCCUGCAUUACGCUGGCUGUUCUGUUAAUAUUCAGUAAAGGCUACUGAUGUGGCAUUUUUCAAGCUCUACAAUACCAUGUCUUUUUUUUUAAACUACUCAAAAUAGUUUAUAACAAUUUAUUUGAUUUAGUUCACAAGAAAGUGAGCUUGAUUAUGCUUUCUAAGUAUUGCACCUUAGUUAAAACACGUUAGCAAAUAAUGUCAGAUUAAAACUCCUCCUUCUGUAUUCACCCCAUUAGGAAAGGUCCUUUUUUAAACCAAAGUCAUUAUUAGGGAAUUUGUCAUCUUUGUUAAAAAUGAAAUGUUGUUACGGGUCCAUUGGUGGAUAUUCCAGAGCUAAUCAAGAUCUCAUGUUUUGGAAAGGAGGUAUUCUACUGAGAUAAAGGAACUAAACAAACAAUCAAAUGAUGAUUUAAGUGGUACUACACUAUUGCCUUUACAAGAACAACCCUGGAUGUAAACCAGUGGUUGAAAUUCAUCGGUUACUGUCAAUUAGAUGCGGUUUUAGGGAAGUCUUUCACACCAAGUAUAAAUUGAACUUUUUGUGUUCUGAAUAACUGUCAGAAAACAGGAAAAUGUAGAAGCAUCAGAAGGGGAGUGACAAAAUGCUUCAUGAAUGAGCCCUUCGAGUCUUUGAAAGCACAUUUCUGUGAGGGACCAUGAAAGCGGUUUGCUUUACUUGGAAUAGUUAUUGCACAUAAUACAAAUAAUAAUACAGUUCUGGCUUGACACAGACUCAAAACGCUUUGUUACCACCCACUGUACGGCCUGCUGUGUUCGAUCUUUGUUUUGCUGUUUCUAUUUAACUGUGAAAAAAAUGCUUUGUUUUUUUGUAAUACGCUGUCGUAUAGUAUAAUAAUAAUAAAGAACUUAUUGUUUUACUUUUCA